UUUGGCUGCUGGCUGCUCUUAUCUCUGAUAUCAACUCAUUAAUAGUGCCUUAUACAGACCAGGAAUCCGCAAUCCAGAUUCGAAAGCCACGCUGGAUCCUUGGGAAGUAAUCUGUGAGACACAAUUGCAUUGGUUGUUUAUUUAUAUCCAGGCGCAGGUUUGUGGGUUUGACCAUCGUAAAGUUUUGAACAUGUCGACAUGUGAGCCUUACCAAGAUUAUCACAUUCCAAGUGAAGGUUUAGCGAUCUUGAACAACGUCUUCCCCGAAGAGAUAGCAUCACUGAAGAGACAAGUAAAGACACACCUCAACAAUGAGAGUGAUACAGACGAGUAUACUCAGCUGAUGCAAUUGACAAUUGCUUCUCAUUACAUCGCUAGAGACGGUCCGGAUUGGGCCGAAAAAAAACGUGAAGAGUUGACACUGGAAGGGUUGACGUUUGUCGGUUACUAUGACGAUUCAAACCAGCUGAAGGCAUUCAUUACUAUACUACUCACCACUGACGAUUGGGGACUGGUUCUCUACUUGUACGAAAUUCAUGUUCACCCUGACUACCAUAGCAGGCAUAUUGGUUCGCAGCUCAUAACGAGUUUCCAUAAGCUUGCAGUGUUACUGCAACAGUGUGGCACGAUGCUCGAUUCGAAUACAUGUGUCUCACAUCUCAAUUCCACUAAACUCACAGUGUUCAGUGAUAAUGACAGAGCUGUUCAAUGGUAUACAAAAUUGGGCUAUUUGCUAAGCGACGAGUCACCGCAGAACAAAGUCCUGAGGUCUGGAAGAGUUAUCAAACCAGCCUAUUAUAUACUCUACAGACCACUUGGCUUAUAAUGACGUGUAACCAUGGCUCGACACAGGUAUAGCCCCGGAAUUCAACAACAUAUCCUCAUCAGCUUUGUAAAUACUGGUUCGUGGUUGGCCUGGAUACUUAUCUUCGGGAC